GUUAGCUGCUUCUAGAAGCUUCUGAGGAGAGCGUCGGCCUAGGCGUGCGUCUGGGCGCUCGUAGCUAUAAUGCUGCUGGUGACUAAGGUUAGAGGUUUUGUUCCUCUGAGGAGGAAUGUAGAACUAGGACAGGGUGUAAAGAAAGCUAUGGAGGUGGGAGGAAUAAAGCAGGAAAAAUAGUUUCUUGUCAGUCUUUUCCUUCAUCUUCUGCCUUGCUCUCUUGUACUUGCACUUACUGAGAGCCCUGUGAGACAGGGUGAGGUUGGGAAGAGGGGGGAGUCUGGGAAGGGAAGUCAGUUCCCUUUCCAGAAGUAUUUGUAUCAGUUGUGUUGUUAGGGAGGUAGACGUCCUUUCACUUCCUGCAACGUGCUUGUCUCAAGGAAGUGGUUUGGGACAAGAGGGUUAAGUGAGUUCUCGCUUCUUUCUGAGGUAAAUAUCCUUUUUGGCAUUGGGAUGGCCCUGGGAUUUGUGCUAACGUUCCUAUUUUCAUUUACUUCCUAGUACUGAAGUGGGCACGUAUGGUUGCUAGAAAUAAGUUAGGAAAGCUCGCCUUUUCUGUGGGUAUGCUUCAUCUGUGAUACUCUGAUAUUUCUUUUGCUGGUUCUAUGCUUCUCACCCUAAGAGAUGGAAGGAAGUUAUUCAUGUGUCUCACAUGUAGUUCUUGGUAUUAAAGUGUCCCUAGAUGCCCGAGGGUGGGAUAUGCAUCUUCAUAGAGCAUGUUACAGUGCAGCACUAGAGAUUUCGGUAUAACCUCAUUGGUACAGUUGUGUGGUACGUUAUUAGGUAAAGCUUCCAGAAUAAGCUGAGCUGUUUUGUUAUAGUGUCAAACUUGGAGUAAUUAGCACAAUCUCAGCAAAACAUGUUACUAAUACAGCUGCACUGUGGUUGUGCAGCUGUGUGCUUUUGGUUCAGCACUUACUCGUUCAACAGUGGCUUUGGAAGUGCAUGGCCAAUAUCUUGACUUUCCUCUCCCUAAAUGUUUUAUUAGGCACCUACUUGUCGUGUAAAUUCUUCUAAGUGGUGGGCUAAACAUUGUAGCAAUGAAGUUGUGAUGUGCAAAUCUUCCAAAAUUGAAUACAAAUUGCUUUCACUUGUAGGUAACAUGUUCUUCCAUUGUAAUUCUUAGGUAUGAUGUGUUGGGUUACAGAGAGCAAUGUCAAAUAUCAGUAAAUAUUUCCAUUGUGUUAAAAUCAUUUUCUAAGGUUGCAACUCCAUCAUGUUUUUAGUGAUAUAAGCACCUCCCUGUGGUGACUCUGUCCAUUUGAUCAGGUACCUAGAUUUUAGCUGCUCUAUUUUAAACCAGAAUAUAUCUGUUGACCUUUGAUGUAAGACAAUAGCCUAUAUACUGGAAGUACACUGAAGAUAAUAAAUAUGUUCUGAGGUACUGAAAACUGGGGUGCUCAUAUGUGAGGAAGAGUGGGUGGUGAGUCUUAAUAGUGCCUUAUCAAGAAAGCUGGUUUAAACCCUUUAACGUGUAAAUCAGCUGUCCCUUUCAAAAGGAGCAAAAAUCUUGGGCCUACUGUAUGGGUAUGCUUUUCAGAUGUGCUUCAAAACUUAUGGCAGCUUUGAAAAUGGUUUUGCUGAUUUCUUACAGCAGUGUUGAAGAAGACUCAGUAGCUGAGAAUGAUGGAAGUCUUGAUAUUAGAGAUUGAAGAUCCAGGUUGCUUUUGGGUUACUGUAAAAGGAUAUGGGCCUUAUGUAGUCAACGAAAUAGAAUAUAAAAACCUGAAUGCUGAAAUGAAUCAAUUUUAUGACAAAUCUUGUCAAGAUGCAGAUGAAAUGAAGCCACUAAUGUUAGAAGAAGGCCAGGUUUGUGUGGUUUUUAGCAAGGAACUGAAAUGCUGGUGUAGAGCAGUUAUUAAGUCAAUUAUGUCCUGUACAGAUCAUUAUCUAACAGAAUGUUUUCUUGUGGAUUAUGCCAAAUAUAUUUCCGUUAAAUCAAAUGACAUUCGAGUUGCAGUGGAAGCGUUUAUGCAAAUUCCAUAUAGAGCAAAACAAUGUGGACUGUAUCGCACAAAGCCAGUGACUUUGCAUAUCAACUUUUGUGAAGAUACUGCAAAAAUAGUACCAGCCAAAAGAUGGGAUUGUGCUGCUACUCAGUAUUUUCAAAACCUUCUCAAAGCAACUACCCAAAUAAAAGCCCAAUUAUGUGCUAUAGAAGGUGACAAAUUUGAUGUUCUGCUUUAUGUGACAAUAAAAAAUGAAAAGGUAUGCGUUAAUGAUGAUCUUGUCUCAAAGAAUUUUGCUCGUUUUGAGGAAGCUAAAGAGAAUACAGAGAGUCCUGCAAACGAUCAAGAGAGCCAGACGUUAAAUGUUGAGUCUCUUCCACUGAAAACUGUUAAUCCUGCACUUCCUUUUAGCCCAGUGCUGUUUCAGGAGAAGAUAUGCAUAAAUCUUGAAACAGAUCAUGCUGUUUCCACCUCUUUUCUUUUCAAGAAAGGACUGCACAGUCACCAAGUGUCAAGCACAGGUCUAAAUGGAAGUACUGGAUCUAUUGUUAAAGCAAUGCCGGGUUUGCCUUUCAAGGAAAACACAACUCUUUCUCUUCAUGCAGGCAGACUCCUGCAGUUCUUAAAUUCUGAUCCUCUGAAGACCCACUUUAUUAAAGAUGAACAGCAGUUUCAGAAUUUUCAAAAUGUUAGUACAAAAGGAGACUUUGUUUUUCUUAGCAACAAAAUUGAACCAUCUUCAGUUCUGGAAACAGCACCACUUUUUGAUGAUCUGAAAAAGGAACUUAUUCGGAAAAAAUUUUUAGGCCCUAACUUCACAGAAUCUUAUUGUUGGCCACCAAUAGCUCGAGGAUGUGAUGUACUUGCCAUCUCACCUCAGGGAAAUGAUCCUCUCUUAUAUGUUCCGCCAGUUCUUACGUUUUUGCAGUCAGAAAGUUGCUACAAAUCCUUGCCAAGUAGGAGUGGGCCACUAGCAUUAAUCGUAUGUCCUGGAUGGAAGAAGGCACAACUUACUUUUGAAUUAUUGAAAACAUACAGCAGAUGCUCCAGACCGCUUCAUCCAAUGUUGAUAAUAGUUGGGCAAAACAGAGAAGAAGCUAGAAAUGUGAAAAUUCAUCGAGGAUGUGAAGUUAUCGUGACUACACCGUACAGCCUCUUGAGACUGUUUGAACAUCACAGUUUGUUAUUUCUCAGACUUUGCCAUCUUAUUUUUGAUGAGAUUGAGAUACUGUUCUCUGAAGCUAGUGAACAGGUUUUUACUAUAUUGGAGUAUUACAGGAAAAGUAUUAUUAUAGAAGAACGGCUAUAUUCACCGCAUCAGAUUGUUGCUGUUGGAACUUGUUGGAAUAGACAUAUAGCACGUUUAAUGAAGGAGUUCAUGAAUGAUCCUUACCUUGUGAUAACCACUGUGGAAGAAGCUUCCAUAUAUGGAAAUGUGCAACAGGUUGUGCAGCUUUGCUUAAACAGUGAGAGAAUUGCUGUGUUGCUCAGAAUACUGGAUUUUACACCUAAUGUUCAAAAGAUGCUGAUAUUCACUAAUUCAAUAAAUGAAGCAGAAAUGGUUCAUCAGGCACUGAAGAGCAAUUCAGUAUUUUCCUUGAAAAUACAUAAAGAAAGCAAGUUUAAUUUCAAAACUGUUUUAGAGCACUGGACAAAAAAAUAUAGUUCUGGCACUCAUGUUGUGUUAGUCUUAACAGAUGACUGCAUGCAGUCUUUGGGAAUUACAGAUGCAACUUGCGUAAUACAUUUCAGUUUUCCUCCUUCUCCAAGAAUCUUUGGUCAGCGUCUACACAACAUGUCUGAGAACUUCCACAAUGUGCUAGAGAAGGGUUCUUUUGUCGAUCAGGAAUAUACAAAAGCAAGGUCAGUCUUACUAUUAACAGAAAACGAUGCGUGCCAUGCUCCUGGGGUCCUGCACUAUUUGAAGCGUGCUGAAGCUGAAAUUCCACCAGAACUGCAUGAUUUUACUGCCAGGGCGCUAGAAGCUGAAGAAGAGAAGAAGCUUGAAAGGCCACUGUGCAUCUAUCUCAAAACACUCGGGUUUUGCAAAAAUAGAAGAGUGUGUCCAGACCGUCAUCACAUUAAUGUACAAACAGACAUGUCCCGGAAUGUGCCAGAUAAAAUUACACCAACGCCUGGGUGUGUGACAGUCGUGCCUCUGCAUAUUGUAAAUGCAACAAACUACUUUGGUCGCAUAGUAGAUAAACAAAAGGACCAAUAUGCAAUUCUUGCUGAAGAAAUUAAUGAGUAUUUUAAGAAACCUAGUAAUAACGUCUCUGUGGAAAAGGUGGAGAAACUAACAUUGUAUGGAUUAUACGAGGAAACAUUUUUUCACAGGGUUCAGGUACUAGAGAUUUCCCCAAAGGAAGAAGAAAAAUUAUUCUUUAAUGUUACAAUUAAAUACAUAGAUGAAGGCAGAAUGAGUCAAGUAGAGAGCCAUCGACUGCUUGAGUUACCUGCAAGAUUUCAGUGUCUGCCACCUCAGGCUGUGGAAUUUAUAGUUUGUAGCGUGAAACCCAUUGAUAAUGAAAUUGAAUGGAACCCAAGGGUUACUAGUCAUAUUUAUCACAAAAUUAAAGGAAAACCACAUGAAGCAAAAAUGGUGCUUACUUUGGGAAAUACAAUUUGGGUUGACCCAAUGGUCCGAGUUACCAGGCUUUCAAAUUUGAAGACAUCUGUCAAUGAAUACAAUGUUCGAUCUGAGAUUUUGUCUAUGGGGCUGGGAACAGACAAUCCGGAACAUAUAAAACAACUUCAGAAGUUGUGCAGACAUGUGAAGGUGGUAUCUCAUGAGAAGAAGUUGGAGACUUUCAUAAAGGAGGAAGCAGUCAGUCCAGAAAAUGUGUCCAACUUGCCCAAUAUACAGGAAAGCACUACUGAAAGCUGUAGAUCUUCCCAAAUGACUUUGGAGAGUCAUCCAUACGAUGGUGUAGCUGAAGUUAAGGAAGCAGAAGACUCUACCCUUCAUCAGCAUAAAUGCUUUUAUCCAGAAAUAAAAUGGUUUCAAAAUGAAGAGACUGUUACAGCGAAGGUAAAAAUAGCAAGUAUAGUUGACUAUAAAUGCGAAUUCUCUAAAGAGAAGGUGGUUUUCAGUGCUUGUUCGGGAGACAAAUUGUAUUUGGCUGACAUGGAGCUGCAUCAGCAUAUACUUGCAGAAAAGUCCGCGUGUGUGAUUAAGGAUAAAGAGGCAAUUAUUGUCCUCACAAAAGAGAAGAGAGAAUCGUGGUGCAAGUUACUGAAGAACAAGAAUUCUCAUGUGUCUUUUGAUUUUGAACAUUGGGAAGAUUUUGAAGAUAAAGGCCCAUUUCCAGUUGGUGUUAAAAAGUUGCAUUGCACUAAUGUAGUAACAGAAGAAUUGAUGGACUCUUCAGAAGACAGUGGAACAGAAAGCGAUGAUUAAUUUGGAGAUAAAUCUCUAUCCUCUGUUAAGAUUUAUCUUUCAAAAUAGCUUCUCUCUGCUUGUAUGAAAAUUUCCACUCAAGUGGGUAGAACUAAUUAUACAGGUUGCAGAACUGUCCUUAAUUAGGUAGAAGGUAAAUAGUAAACAAAACCCUUACCAACAGGCUUUCAGAAUCUGAAAAGCGUUCUACAGACGAAGAACAUUAUGUAUAUUUUUCAAUGCCUUCACUUUAAAAUUGUUGGGAUUUAUUGAUGGUGUGCACAUAUGUAAAUGUAUGCUGUCCAAACAGUAAAAAUAAAUGCAAUGACUAAACUUAGUGUAUGAAGCAACUGGAUUUAUUUGUAACGACAGAGCUUCUGUUUUACUUACUUGAAUGAAUUUGCAGUGUUAGCAGUGGUUAUGUGUUCUUUGUUGUUGGUUUUGGUUGUUUUGUUUAGUUUGUUUUUAACAAAUUCUGGUGGUCAGUUCCUUCUACCAUGUCCCUUGCAUGCAUGCAAUAUCACUUUCGUUAGCAAUCAUCACAUUUGUCAGUUCUGCAUCAAGAUGUGUAUUCAAGUGUUGAUUCAACUCAGUUGGCAACCAGUUACUUGGUUGGAGGUGUACUGACGUGGAACAAAAUGCUGAACUGUACAGCUUUUGUGGAACAAGCACUGUGAUGCAGGAUUCAGUAUCUGUAUUCAAUUUGACGUUUUCCCUUUUCAUGAAUGCUCUUCCUUAUUUCAUUCCAUCACAUUUAUUUAAACAUCUUUUCUCAUCUAGAUAAACAGUGAAAUCUUGUUUGCUUAGCCAUAAUGCUUAGCCCUUUAAUAUACCAUCUUUUAGGAAAUUAUUUUUCACUGUUACGUUUGUACACAUCAAGAACAUUUUACAUGAAAGGAAUAAAGUAAAAGCCAUUCAUGAUACAUGAAUCUGGUAUCGAUCUUUUUGUAUCCAUAGAUUUCAGUGCACUUUACAGUCCUCCCAAGAUAACUAAAUGAUGAUUUAGAAUAGAGGUUUAACCUCAUUGUGUUUUUAACAAGGGAGGAUGUACUUGCUUGGUAGGGAUUAUUCUUUCAAGAAACACUGAAUUGCUUUAC